AUGGCCAUCCUAAGGCUGUAUGCGUGGGCCAUGAGGAGCUUGGCCCUGGGAUACGGUGGGCUCCACCUCUGGCCUCAGCUGCGGGUGCUCUGGCCCUCUUCGUCCCACCCCAUCCUGACCGUGGCUAGCGCGACUUCCUCCAUGUCCCUCCGGACCCUCUCUUUGCAGAUGCUGAGCCUGCUGGGUCUGUGUCUGACUGUCUUCUUGGUGGGGGGCUCCACAGCUGGAUCCCCAGCACCUGUCACCAAGGAUGCGCUGGUGGGCAUCGUGGGGGGACAGAGUGCCCCUCAGGGGAGGUGGCCGUGGCAGGUCAGCCUGAGAAUCUAUAGCUACAACUCGGCCUCCUGGGUGCACAUCUGCGGGGGCUCAAUCAUUCACCCCCAGUGGGUGUUGACAGCUGCCCAUUGCGUCCGCAAGAAAGAUUCCGACCCGUCAGCCUAUCGGAUCCACGCUGGGGACGUGUACCUGUACGAGAGCCAGAAGCUGUGGGACGUCAGCCAGGUCAUCGUCCACCAGGACUACAUCCGUGCUAAUCUUGGUUCUGAUGUGGCGCUGCUCCGGCUGGAAGAGCCUGUGCAUCUCUCUGCUAACGUCAAGCCUGUCAAGCUGCCCUCUGUAUCUCUGAAGGUUACCUCCAGGAACCAGUGCUGGGUGACCGGCUGGGGCACAAUCAGCAUGUUUGCAUCGCUGCCCCCACCCUACCUCCUGCAGCAGGUGCAGGUGCCCAUAGUGGACAACGACCUCUGUGAGGAGCUGUACCACAACGCCUCCAGCCAUCAGUACCAGGGCCAGAGGCUCAUCCUGAAUGACAUGCUGUGUGCAGGCAGCGAGGGCAGAGACUCUUGCAGGGGCGACUCAGGUGGCCCCCUGGUGUGCAGGGUGUCGGGCUCCUGGAGCCUGGUGGGAGUGGUCAGCUGGGGCUUUGGCUGUGCCGAGAAAAACAUCCCUGGGGUCUAUGCACGUGUGCAGACCUACGUGCCCUGGAUCACACGGCAGAUACAGAAGUUCUCCUGA